UUCGUCCUUCGAUGCUAUAUCCCUUGUAAUAUGAUAGUUUGUUUAGCCUAACUUUGACAACGGUGACUUUGGUUCUGAAAGCGACACCGAUGCUCAGCAAGAUCAUUACAAAUGGCAUGAUCGCUUUCAGGUGUUUGGGAGAGUUUUGGCCCUCUUCAGACGACGUAACUGAAAGCACAGCCGUACGCAGUACUGAGGUGGUGUCUGUAACUGCCAGGCGGCCAUCAAUCUCUUGUCAAUCUUCUUAUAUAUUAACCAUUGACCUUCUUACACUAAAUAGUGCGUCCGCCUACUUGUAUAGUAGUAUUCAAGUCAACAAUCGAGAAACAUAAUCGGCGAGAAUGUUCACCACGACCUCAUCUGGGAAAUGUAUCCAUCUAUACUCGGGACUUAGAUAUGUUGUAGUGAAUUCGAAAAGUUCUACAGGACCUUGACUCCGGCUGGUUAAAAUUCCGAAGCAUUUUUACUACUGGCGC